AUGUAUAUGGUGACUCACUGGGAUCCAACAUAUUUUAGUCUUGAUCCGUACUACAUCGUAUUUUCUAGUGUUUUUUUCAUUGUUCAAUUGAAAAUAAAUCUGACGCUGACUAUAUCCAUAGCAUUGGAGCGAACAUUGAGAAGGUUCAGCGAGAUUGUUCAACAUCGUAAUACAUUCUUUGAGGCUAUUUUCUUUCCUGUGACGUACAGAAAAAUGCCUUCUUCUGAAUAUGCUAUGUUUUGCUUGCUAAUCGGCUGUCUUUUGGCAACAAUUGAUGUUGUUCUGGAUUUCGUAUAUUUCCCUUUCAAAGACUCUCCAAACUGUGGGUCUGUCGGAUGUUUUGUCACCUCAGAAUUUAGUCGCUACUGGGGAACUAGCAAUAUGGUUAUGGGUUUCAUAGUGAUUUUGUUGACAGCUCUACUCAUCGCUAAAUUACAACUCAUUGAGAAAGAAUCGAAAUCGAGGCGAACUUUCAUGAACAAUGAAUCGAGAAGAUUUCAACAGGCGAACCGUACAUCUGCUGGUAUUCUACUGACGUCAUUGGUCUUUGUUACGAUUCCAAGUAAUUUUGUUGGCAUAGUCGAUAUGUUAGGAUACUCCAUUUUCAGGAAAGUCGGUCCUUUUUAUUUAACUGGCCUACUUUCCGCUGGUGCUUGUAAUGCCAUUGUGUACAUUGUUCUCAAUCGAGACAUGCGAGACUUGGCGAAAGGCUCUAUGCCAUAUACCAUAUAUAUGACGAUUCACUGGCAUCCAACAUAUUUUAGUCUUGAUCCAUACUACAUCGUAUUCGCUAGUGUUUUUCUCAUUGCUCAAUUGAAAAUCAAUUUGACACUAACUAUAUCCAUAGCAUUCGAGCGAACGUUGGCUAUUUUCUUUCCUGUGACGUAUAGAAAAAUGCCUUCAUCCGAAUAUGCUACGAUUUGCCUGUUGACUGGCUGUCUUCUGGCGGCAGUUGAUCUUGUUUUGGAAUUUGUAUAUUUCCCUUUUAAAGACUCUCCGAACUGCGGGUCUGUCGGAUGUUUUGUCAAUUCAGAAUUCCGCCACUACUGGGGAACUAGCAAUAUGAUCAUGGGUUUCAUUGUGAUUCUGUUAACAGCUCUGCUCAUCGCUAAACUUCAACUUAUUGAGAAAGAGUCAAAUGCUAGGCAAACUAUCAUGAACAACGAAUCGAGAAAAUUUCAACAGAAAGUAGGUCCUUUCUAUAUAACUGGCCUGCUUUGCGCUGGUGAGUCAAUUGCUUCAUGGCGUGCAUGUAACACCAUUGUGUAUAUCGUUCUCAAUCGGGACAUGCGAGAUUUGGCGAAAAGAUGUUUUUCCAGCAAUGUAUCAAAUAUCGGAACUUCGAUGCCAUCCACCAGAAUUUUCUCCACAACAGUGUUUCGAAAUAAAUACCUUCGUUAA